UCGGUUUUUGUUUCUCUACCGAGAUCCUACGCCAUAAUCCCGCUAAAACCCUAAAACAGAGCCCCCAGAUACAAAUCUAGCUAAUUUUGAAUCUCGUUAUACCCAAUUUUUGCUAUACAUCUAGCAGAACACAGUCAUAAAUUUUGUCAUAAUAUAAUUUGGCAAGUUUCUGGAGAUAGCUAGGGUUUUAAUUUUAGAAAAAGUUUGGGGGAGGAUUAAGAAGUGAUGGUUGAGGAUGAAAAUGGAAGGAAUUAAAAAAGUUAUGAUUUUAGAUAGUCGAGAAAAUGGGAGUUCAUCGUCAUCAGCAGACGGCAAACCUCCCAAUCCACUCUCUACCACCCCAGGUUAUCGCCGGAGCUUCAGUGGUCCAGGUGACGUUGGAGAUUCUUCGUCGAUUAAGAAGUCUCUCGUUCGUCACCCAUCUCUGGUGAGGACAAGGAUGUCAGAUGCAUCUGUUGAACCAACACUGAAUCCAGAAGAUUAUAAAGCUGAGUUUGUUCCAUUUAUCCGGUCAGGAGCAUGGGCAGACAUGGGGGUACGUGGCAGCAUGGAGGAUGUAUUUAUCCGUGCUGACAGUUUUGUGCACGACUAUGGCGGGAAGAAUCCUAUUGAAGGACCCGGUGCCUUUUAUGCGGUUUUCGAUGGACAUGGAGGAAAACAUGCAGCUGACUUUGCAUGCUACCAUUUGCCAAGAUUCAUCUUUGAGGAUAAUGACUUCCCAAUGGAGAUCGAGAGGGUCAUUGCUGCAGCCUUUGCACACACUGACAGUGCUUUUGCAGAAGCUUGUACUUUGGAUGCUGAUCUUGCUUCUGGUACAACUGCAUUGGCAGCUCUUGUUAUUGGGAGCUCUUUGGUGGUGGCAAAUGCUGGAGACUGUAGGGCGGUUUUAUGCCGCCGUGGCAAAGCAAUAGAGAUGUCUAGGGACCACAAACCUAUCUGCAUGAGAGAGAGGAAGCGUAUAGAAGCUUCCGGAGGAUAUGUUUAUGAUGGUUAUCUCAAUGGGCAACUUAAUGUUGCUCGUGCUAUAGGAGACUGGCACAUGGACGGGCUCAAGCAUGAAGAUGGUGGGCCCCUCAGUUGUGAACCUGAGUUCAUGACAACGAAACUGACUGAAGAGGACGAGUUCCUCAUCAUAGGCUGUGAUGGAAUUUGGGACGUCUUCAUGAGCCAAAAUGCAGUCGACUUUGCUCGAAGGAAACUGCAAGAACACAAUGAUCCAGUUCUAUGUAGCAAAGAUCUGGUCAACGAGGCACUCAAGAGAAAAAGCGGAGACAACCUAUCUGCUGUUGUGGUCUGCUUCCAAUCUCAGCCGCCCCCGAAUUUGGUGGUUCCACGGGGGAGAGUGCAGAGGAGUAUUUCUGCCGAGGGUUUGAAGGAGUUGCAGAGCUUUUUGGAUGGUUUGGAAACAUGAGUUGAUUGCACGGUAUUUUUUUUUCCUCUUUCGUUUCUCCAGGACUCUUCUUUCAGUUUUCUUACUUAUAGUGUUUCUUGUUGUUAGAUGUCGAGAGAGAAAUUUACUGUUGAACUGUAACAUAUGCGGGAAACAUAGUUCUACCGUUGCUCCUGGAGUUUUGAUAUGUUAUUCUGGGUUCGAAUGAA